AUGUACGGACGUAGCAGUUGCAGCGGUAAUCGCAGCAGUAGCAGCGGCGGUGUCGUCGUCACCACCAGUCGCACAAUCACGUCGCACACACAGACUGCCCCCACCGUCCGUGGUGACCUCUCUGCUCCUCGACUGCUCCCCAACUUCUCAUCUGGUGCUCCGGUGCAGCAGCUCCGUCUCUUCGGUAGUCCUCCCAUCCCAAGAUUCCAUUCGGGUGCCCCUCCUCCCCCUCCGCCACCGCGGGAAGGUGGUUGCAGCGCUACCACUACUUACGCAUCGCCGGCUACCCAGCUUGCCAGCCAGCCAGCCCCAGGGCGCGAAGAGCUGGGCCCUCCUCCUCGCAUCCUCCUCCCCCCAAGACCACCCAGAUGGGCGAGAUGCGCGUGCGAGUGGCUUGCGCUUUCCGUCGAAUCAACGCCACGGGGGGCCAACCCGCCAGCCGGCCUCACGGUUUGUCAGUCUCGUUGUUGCCGUGCUGGGCCGUCUGAAUGCGCUGCGCUGGCUGUCGCGCCGCCGCCGCCGCCGCCAUCGCCCGCCGCCCAGGAAAGUCGAGCGCCAUCUGCCGCAUCACACGGCCGCAGCCAUCGCCCACCUGCCAUGCCCACCCUCGGCCGCCACGCGCCACGGCGAAACCGUAAACGUCCCAGUCAACCAAGUACUACUGUACCCACGGGGAGAGCCCACUUCUGCCCUCCUCCUCUCCGGGUCUCGCCAAUCUGCCCCCCCGAUACCUCCCUCCCUCCUCCACCCGGGGGCGCGGGCGCGGGCGUCGCCACCACCAUCACCACCACCACCAUCUCAUCCAGCACCGCUCUCACCACGACCGGUUCGUCUGGGCGGGCGCGCGGAGUGGCCAAGAGAGCUCCCUCGCUGGCCCUGGCCCCCCCGGCGCCCGCCACGCCCGCGCAACAGCUCCUAGCCACACAAGCCAAGGCCCCUCCUCAUGUCAGGUUCAGGUUCAGAUCAGGCCAGGUUUCUCACACCUGCCGCCGCCGCCGCCUCUGCGCCUCCGCCCCGGCCCUCGCUCGGCUUUCGUACUCUUUUCCUACCUGCUGCUGUGCAGUACCGUACCAUCAGCGGCAGCGAGUGUCGCCGACCGCCGACCCGACCGCGCGAGAGCACGCGGCCGUCCGGCUGGUGGUGGCGCUACACCUCCUGCCGGGAGGCUUGUUUGCACCAGCAGUUUAUCCGUGGGCCGUAGGAGUUUCCUUGCCGGCAAAGCACGCGCACGUCCCGUCCGUCGUUCGUCCCCCUUUCGCCCUUAGCACGCGAGCCCGCAAAGAGCGGGAGCGCCAACGUAGUGCCGCGUCUAAGCUCCGCUCUGUAAGUUAG